GGGGGGGGGCAAAAUGGCGGCGCCGCUGAGGGCUCCGCUGCUGAGGGCUCCGCUCUGCGCUCUGCUGUGCCUGGCGCUGGCGGCCGCCGCCCGGGGCAAGCCGAGCCCCGUGAAGGUGCUGUCGGACGGGAUGUGGCAGGAGCUGCUGCAGGACGAGUGGAUGGUGGAGUUCUACGCGCCCUGGUGUCCCGCCUGCGAGAACCUGCAGCCCGAGUGGGAGAAGUUCGCCGAGUGGGGAGAGGACCUGGGGGUGAACGUGGCCAAAGUGGAUGUCACGGAGCAGCCGGGGUUAAGUGGACGAUUUAUCAUCACAGCCCUCCCUACCAUCUAUCACUGCAAAGAUGGAGAGUUCAGGAGAUACCAGGGAUCAAGGACUAAAGCUGCCUUCAUUAAUUUCAUCAGUGACAAGGAAUGGAAAUCCAUUGAACCAGUGUCCUCCUGGUUUGGUCCUUCCUCUUUCCUGAUGAGCAGCAUGUCAGCGUUGUUCAAGUUGUCCAUGUGGAUCAGGCAUGGCCACGGCUAUUUAACAGAAAACCUCGGAAUACCAGUCUGGGGCUCCUAUGCUGUUUUUGGAUUGGCAACUCUGUUCUUAGGAAUGGUCCUGGGACUUAUGAUGGUGUUCCUGGCAGACUGCAUCUGUCCCUCCAAAAGGCACAAACUAUCACAGUUCCAGCCUCAGUCAAGUAAAAAAGGUCCAGAGUCAGCUCAUCUGCUGAAAAAUAGGUAUGAGGAGCAAGAAGGAGAUGAGGGAGAUAUCUCAGAUGAUGAAACAAAGGGGAAGGGGAGGAGCAAGAGCGACUCGUCACCAAGCGGUGUCCGGCAGCGUGCAGUGCCCAGUGCUGCUCCUCUGGAGAAAUCCUAGCUGCACUUGCAUCAGGAUUAGUGUUUGAGUCAGCCACUCAAGGGGAGAUCAGUGUCAAAUCCUUCAGCUUGAAGAGAAGAAAUGACUCCUGGCUUGGUAAUGUUGCUGCAUUUUGUGAAUUCGGAGGAAAUAAUCAUGAAAAAAAAAUUUUAAAAAAAUUGAAAAAGGCAUCAGGUAUUCCAAAGGAAAACUUGCUGUUGCAAAUGGCUGCAACUUCUCCUGUCUGUGUGCAGAGAAGUGCCAAGGAAUAAUUGCUGUGGCUUCUGGAAUGAUUUGUUCCCUCGGGUUUAUUUGGAAGAGAAUGUAAACCAGAGUCUUUCUUGAAUUAGGGAGCAUUAGCAAGGAAAAUGCACUCACCUGGCAUUUGGUGAAACCUCCCAAAAGGGUUCCUUGUUCUUAUACUGGUUUUCAGUAUAAACCUCUCUAGCUGUGCCCUGAAGAAAUGCUGAGGGAAAAAAAGUUCCUUUAGUUAUGGGAACUAAAAUUCCUUUAGUUCAGGCUUUUUACGUGACAGAAACUGCUUUUUGCUAUGACAAUGAGUGCUACAAAACCCCCCCCCAAACCUUUUUUCUUACAAAGAGCUGAUGGAAUUUAGCACAAACACUCUGCAGAAGGAUCCUCUGGCUGACCAGAACCCUGCUGCCUGCAUCAAUUUCUUCCAGAAAAAGCUGUAGAAAACUCAGUGAGCUUCUUGGCAAAGUAGUUUUUCUCUAGGAACAAGUGACAAGCAGCACCUUGAAGUCUUGUCUGUGUCAGUGACUCCACGUGGGAAUGGUUUACACACAGGUUUCUCUGUGCAAAUCCUCUCCAUUCCUCCUUCUGGAUGCCAGCAGGACUCUGCUUGCUUUUAAUCCAUCAUUUCUUAGUCAAAUCUUGCUGCAAAUCCAUGCAGGCUGUCCUUGGCCUGAAGCUAAAAUAACUCUAUUUCUAUAUUAUUUUCCCCCAUGUUUUCACAAAAUCAUUUUGGAACAUUAAACCUGGAUUUUUUUUUAUAAAAAAUUAAUUUAGUCCUGUCUGUAUGGUGUUUGUUUUCACUCUGUAUAGAAAUAAAAAGAAUGCACAUGCCCAUUG